AUGGAAUCGGAACCGAUCACUCCCCUUCCUACCCCCACAUCCACCGCAAUCCGCUCUUCGUUCAUCAUAUCGACAUUCCCUCAGAUCGUAUCCGAGCUCAUCCAGAACUCCCUAGAUGCCGGAGCAAAGAACAUGGAUAUAUACAUAAGCCUAGCCAAAGGGAAUGAGAGCAUUCGAGUGAGGGAUGAUGGAUGUGGGAUUGGAGAAGAGGGGUUGAGGAAGGCUGGAAAGAGGUUUCGAACCAGCAAGACCCUCAAUGAAGCGAAUCUCGGUUCAGUAAGGUCAUACGGAUUCAGAGGAGAAGCGUUAUCGUCCAUAUCUUCUUUAUCAUUACUUAGCAUUACAAGCAAAACGACCUCGACUGACGAAGCAUUAACGAAGAUAAUGAAAUCUACUAAAACUCUCUAUCUCGGCAUUGAUCCCUCACGCCAUAUUCCGUCGAAGAGCGGGACAAUAGUGACAGUCAAAGAGAUAUUCCACAAUAUACCUGUUCGAAAGGAAGAGAUGCUCAGGGUGAACGAAGAUACAUUGAUGAGACAAUGUAAGAAGGUCGUAGAGGUUUUUGCGUUGGCGAGGUAUGGAGUGAACUGGUCGGUAUGGGAUGAUAGAGGGAUGGGCGAUAGGAGGAAAGUUUUGGAUAUCAGAGGAACAAAGUCAAGUGUUCAAGUCUUUCGAGCCUUAUACGGCAAUGCACUUGUACGACGCGUACAAAGUAUCCGCGUAUCAGCGGGAUCAAGACGUGUAGAUGGUUUCAUAAGUCUUUCAGGUGAUAUAACCAAGAUUCAUCAGCAUCUCUAUAUCAACAACUACCCCAUUACUCACUCUGAACUUCAUCUAGCCAUCGCAAGGAAAUUCUCAAAUAGCAGAUUCGGUACUUUUGCUUCUGCGGGUCAACAUGAUGAAUUGGAAGAUCAUGAUGCCAAGAAACGAAGAUCGCCCAGGAGGCUAGAACGUCAUCCCAUAUAUGUCCUCAACGUCUCAUUACCUUCGGAAGAAGUGGAUGUGAGCUUCGAACCGGCAAAAGGAAUCUUGGGCUACAAGGAUUUCGCCAAGGUCCAAGCACUUCUAUUAGCUGUAGUAGACGAGUAUCUCAAAAAGAACGGAUACGAUCGCAUAAAGUUGCAAGAUGCUUCUACAAGCCCUACGAAAGGCAGUCCAAGGAAGGCUACAUCAUCUGUGACGAUCUUGCAUGGCCGAUCGCCUUUGGGUAAAGGAGUGACCUCUCAUCAUGACUCACAUCAGGAAUGGGAUUUGACUAGACCAACGCCAUUGUCUUUCUCAGCCAUAAUACCGAUUGCCGCUCCCACUCACCAACAGAAUCAAGAGGAUCCCCAACUUCUACUUAGCCCCGGUUUGUUACCCCCUACACCACCUCUGACACCUUUUGAUCAACUUUUGGUUACAAGAAAACAGAUUCGAAUUGAUGUCGAUGGCUAUUCACCUCGUAUAGCUGAGAAACCAAGUCAGGAAUGUCAGUGGAUAGUUGAUCUGGAGAAUAGAAUCGAUGGUGGUGUAUUACCAUUUAGCAAGCCAUCCGCAAACAGGAAGAGAUCGUUGGAAGCUAUGCAAUCUGACGAAGAGCAUAAUGAUCAUGGACACUCGUACCAACACCAAGCAGAUGAUCCAUUAUCAGCCAAAUCUAUCACAUUGGACUCUUCUACAAAACAACGCAAAGUGGAAAUUCAACUUUGUAAAUCGUCUUUAGAUCACGCCCAUGUCGUGGGUCAAGUAGAUCAGAAAUUCGUUGCUAUCACUAUCGACCUACAUACUUCCACAGGCACCAACGAAGAUAAAGCAGUGGUAUUGGUAGAUCAACAUGCAGCCGACGAGAGGAUAUCAGUUGAAAACAUAUUGGCUUCACUUUGUAUGGGAUUUAGGAAUGACAGUAUGGCUAUAACCAAAUUAAUGAAACAUACGCCUCGUAUCAUUCUUACAACUCAAGAAAUGAGGCAACUUUCUCAACCUGGUGUCAAGGAAGUGUUCAAAAGAUGGGGUAUACACCUUACUGUGCCCCCGCUGGAAGGAUUGGAAGGUGAUUAUGUUCAAAUGCAAGUCGAUGCUGUACCUAGCUUGUUGGUCGGUAGAUUAGGUAAAAAAGAGGGUGUCGAGAUGAGUAGAUUGAUCAGAGGUCACCUACCUGUUCUGACAGAUGAUCUUGGUGUGAUCGAAGCUUUGAUUGGGUCAUUUGAGCAGUCAUCAGAUAAAACAGAGGAAAAGAGGAACGAUUGGGGCAAAGAAAUGAGAUUCAUGCCGAGGGAAAUGUUGGAGUUGGCUAAUUCAAAGGCUUGUCGAGGCGCAAUCAUGUUCCAAGAUUCCCUCGAUCUCGAUCAACAAUCACGGCUGAUCUCCCAAUUGGGUCAAACGAAAUUCCCAUUCAUGUGCGCUCACGGUAGACCCAGUAUGAUCCCUCUGAUAGUUUUACAGAAUCUUUCUGUGACGGAAACGGACACAGAAAUCGGAAAGGUAUGGAAGAGGGAUAUAGAUUGGAAAGGAUGGAAGGCGAAACGAAAAUAG